AUGGAUGAACUCAGGAGAGAAACAAUCGUCGAUGUUUCUAGAUUACUUUUAGGAGUGAAACUGAAAAAUCGUCAGCAGAGUUGUACUGUGCCGGCGACGAUACUUCGUGAAAUGGAGGAAUGGGGUGGAAGGAAACAAUGGGAUGCGUCCCGGAUGAGGGUUUUGGCCACGCCCUUUGGGGGAAUCCCCAGUAUCAUAAAAUAUUACCAAAGUUCACCUUUUGUGUCUAACGCGCUUAGUGUAAUCCAUUUACCUGAGUACUUACUGGUGGACGCCAGGCGCCAAAAUGUCGGGAUUUUAUUACAUGUAAUUAAGCCAUCCUCAUUGAUGGGUACUGAGAACUUAGCAAUUAGACCGGUCAGGCACUUCAGCUACGACUUCGUAGUCUACGUACUAAUCAAAGUCUAUGUGACCCUGGGAGCGGAAUCAAAGGAGGGAGUUCCUAAUUUUGGUCAACACAAGAGUAAUCAAAUAAAAAAUCAAAAGUUAGUCUGUAUAGCUCUAGCAUCUCUAGCAGUCGCCUAUUCCGACUCGGAGGGUGAGGAUGAUGUUGAUGUCGAUGAUGAGGCUAAUACAGCACCAUCCCAGGCGGCUGCCCCCCAUAAUAAACAGGUUGGUCAGCCCCAGGGUAUUGUCAGUCCCAUAUUUGCAAAGUCCGCAACAAACUCCCCAACAUUUCCACAGACAAAUAAUUUAAAUGUAAAUGUUACACCGAUAAAAUUACACCAAUUAGUUUCGUAUGGUGUUGACGAUUCAGUUGUUCGUCAAGAGGAAGUGAGUGUAAUUCCAGAUGAAAUUGCCGAUAAACCAUCGGCAUCGCUUCAGGAGGAUAUAUACCUAGAUGAUCUCAUACCGCCUGAGCCACCGGGCGAGUGCCCAGCAGAUUUGCAGGAAAAAAUCACUACACUUCAUAGAAAAAUGGAGACUGGGGGAUUAGACUUGUCUCGCAUCAUCGAACAGAGAAAAGACUUUAAAAAUCCGUCAAUUUACUCAAAACUUAUUUCAUUUUGUAGGAUUAAUGAGUUAGGUACAAAUUAUCCGCCGGAAUACUUUGAUCCAUUCAAGUGGGAACAGGAAUCGUACUACGAGGAGCUCGGAAAGGUCCAAGAUGCGGCCAUGGAGAAACUAGCGAAGAAAGUAAAGUCUAAGGCGGAGGUGACUCCUGUCACUGUUAAAAGGCCCAUUUCUGUGGCUAUUACGGCUGUUGAGGAGAGUAGAAGGAAAGUUGGAAAGUGGGAUCAAGUGACUACGGCCACCGCUUCGACGAAGACAACUGUAGUAUCAAGUACAGCUGCGAAUGAUAAAAAAUGUAAAGUUAUUGUUGCUUUUGGUUCGGUGCAGAAAAGACGAUUGUAAAAUACUGUAGGAUAUUUCAAAUAAUUUAAUUUUUGUACAACGACAAUACCUCUGUAAAUAUGGAAAUAUAUUUUAAUAUUGAAUUUAGUGCGUAGUUUUGUUAAAUUGUAUGACGCGAAGUGCGUAGAAAAGGAAAUGGAAGGAGGAAGGAUUAUAAUAAAUUAAUAAUUGGUUUAAAAA